CUAAGUCAAGGGAAGUCACUCUUACAGGCAUGGCUCUUCUACUGCUUGGCAGAUGUCAUCUGUCAUACAGUAGGAUUAGAUGCCCAGAUUCAAUAAAUCAGAAGUAUUUACUGCAGUUAUGUACAAGAUGUAUUGCUCAAGAUCAUGUUAACCACAAAUCUAGAUUUAACAACAGCUGUCAUCGUAGAAAGCAGAGCCAAAAUCUGUAUAAGAAUGGUCUUCGGUCACCAAUACAAGCAAAUGUGAUACCUCCCUGGCAUAUAUUUUCACGAUCAUGCUUUCAUCCUGGCGCCUCAGUUCUUUCUCCAAAUGAGUUGAAAGGAGUGAAGGAUGAGCCACAUGCUAGGGACAUAAUCAGGUCUAUGUUCUCAUAUCUGUGGCCAAAAGAUAAACCUGAAAUCAAAGCACGUGUAGUUCUAGCUCUUGGUCUGCUUGUUGGCUCAAAGGUUGUGAAUGUUCAGGUGCCAUUUAUAUUCAAGUAUGCUGUAGAUUAUCUCAACCAUUCAGAGAGCUGGUUAAAUCUGGACAACCCUGCAAAUACAAUAGUUACCACUGCAACGGCAGUUCUCAUUGGUUAUGGUAUAGCAAGAGCAACAGCAUCUGGUUUCAAUGAGUUAAGAAAUGCUGUGUUUGGUAAGGUUGCUCAGAACUCUAUACGACGGGUGGCCAAGAAUGUUUUUCUACAUCUCCACAAUCUCGAUCUCAGCUUUCAUCUCUCCAGACAGACUGGUGGUCUAUCUAAAGCAAUUGACAGAGGAACAAGGGGUAUUAACUUCGUAUUGUCAGCACUGGUUUUCAAUGUGGCUCCAACAUUAUUUGAAGUAUCGCUAGUGACUGGUAUUCUGUAUUACAAGUGUGGUGGGCAGUUUGCUCUGGUAGCUAUAGGAUGUAUAGCAACAUACACUACAUUCACACUUCUUAUAACACAGUGGAGGACAAAGUUUCGAGUGCGUAUGAACCAGGCAGAUAAUGAGGCUGGGAACAAAGCCAUAGAUUCACUGAUAAAUUAUGAAACUGUCAAGUAUUUCAACAAUGAACACUUUGAGUCAGAGAGAUAUGAUGGAUAUUUAGCCAAGUAUGAACAAGCGUCCCUAAAGACAACAACAAGUCUAGCUUUACUGAACUGGGGUCAGAAUGCUAUAUUCAGUGUAGGUCUAACAGCCAUAAUGGUUUUAGCAAGCCAAAAUAUCAUGGCAGGUACAAUGAGUGUAGGUGAUUUAGUUAUGGUAAAUGGUCUACUGUUCCAGCUAUCACUGCCCCUCAACUUUCUCGGCUCUGUGUACAGAGAAGUGCGACAGUCUCUCAUUGAUAUGAACACAAUGUUUAAUCUUCUCAGCAUCAAACCAAAAGUCAUGGCUGAUCCAGCAGCACCCCCUUUGAACAUAACAGGACACGAUGCAGCUGUAACAUUUGAUAAUGUCACCUUUGAAUAUGUCCCUGGACAGAAAAUUCUCAACGGAUUAUCGUUCUCUGUACCUGCUGGGAAGAAAGUGGCCAUAGUAGGAGGCAGUGGUUCGGGGAAGUCAACAAUUGUCCGUUUGUUAUUCCGUUUCUAUGACCCAGAAUCUGGAAAGAUUAUGAUAAACGAUCAGGACACAAAAUUUGUCAACCUGGACAGCAUGAGACGCACUAUAGGAGUUGUACCACAGGACUGUGUGUUAUUCCAUGAUACUGUAUACAACAAUAUUCUAUAUGGAGAUCUGAGUAAGACAGCAGAUGAUGUAUUUAAAGCUGCAAAAAUGGCUGAAAUCCACAACACCAUUAUGAAUAGAUUUCCUAACAAUUACGAGACACAGGUUGGAGAAAGAGGGCUGAAACUCUCAGGUGGUGAGAAACAGAGGGUAGCAAUAGCACGGGCUAUCAUGAAGGACCCUCCUAUAUUUGUAUACGAUGAAGCAACUUCAUCUCUAGAUACCAUCACAGAACAGAACAUCCUUCAAGCAUUACGCAGUGUAACUAAAGGAAGAACCACAAUAGUGAUUGCACAUAGGCUUUCCACAGUGGUAGAUGCUGACGAGAUUCUGGUGCUGGAACACGGACAGGUUGCCGAGCGUGGCAGCCAUUUUGAACUUAUGCGUAAACCAAACAGUUUAUACAAGGAAUUAUGGGAGAAACAGAGCACUGCACACCUGCAGGCUGAGCAAGACUUAGCUGAAGACUUAGCUGAGGAAAUUAAAUCAUGAUGAAGAAACAAAUUUACUUAAGGUAGUUCUGCACAUUUGAUAAACUGGAAGUGAUGGUGUAACAUCAUUUAUCUGGAAACGUACAAUAAAGCAUGGAUUUAGUGUACUGAAAUAAAUCAUUUUAUGAAUUAAUGGCAACAUGUGAGUACAUUUAUUACAAUGGCACUGUUACUAUCUUUCUAAAGUUAAAAUAUGAUAUAAAAACAUCUGAUGCAUUAAAUAAUUGAAAAUAAUGUCAUAAAAUUAGCUUGAAAUGUGCGGUUCACUUUAAUGAUCAUCAGAUAUAUAAAAAAAAGCAUACAGACCUCUACAUUUUAUUUCACCACAUUAUAGGGCAUAAGUUUAUUUACGACUCUGAGAAGUUUUAUUAAAAUCUACUUAGUAGAAAAAUUUCUAUUGAAGAAAAUGUUAUGAAAGUAGUGAUUUUCCCAUAGACUGCCAUUAUGAAAAAUUGCGUGAGGUCCAAAUUUUUCAAAUCAAUCUAGCAGAAAAUCAAGUACACAACCCUAUCUUUCUUAUUUGCGCAAUUUAUUAAGUAUAUUCUGAAGUUUUGAAAAAUCAAAUUCUGCAUUGUAGAAAAAAUUCCGAUGCAAACGUGCAGAACUACCUUAAUGUGACUUAUUUAUAGUAAAUUUGAUGAUAAAUGUAUGUGAUAUAUAGUGUGUUUUAUAAUACAAGAGAUUUUACUUGUUAGAUGGUCAUGUAUUCAGUCUCUCCAUUAUAUAAUUUUAUAUUCAGAAAAAUUAAUGUCCAAAUAAAAAGGGUUUGAAGGCCAAUCAAUAUGUAGAGGUGAUCAAUAUUUCCUGAAUGUACAUAGGUUGUGAAUAGAUAGGUAAUGCUUAAAGAUACACUAGUCACAUCUUUCAUCUAAAUACUUUAUCAUCACAUAUUCAAUUUGAAUGUAGAAAAUCCUGAUCAGACUUUACUAAAUAUAACAACUGUGUAUGUAGAGCUGCAUUUGCAGUUAAAUUUCUAAAAAAUGUUAUUUUUAGUUAAAUUUGCAAUGUGAAUACUUAUAAUUUUAUCAUGUGUGGACUAUUUUCAACUCAUAAAUUAAUACUGUUUUACACAGAAACAUGUUUAUUUUUUGUUUACAUAGAUCCUGCAUAGUAAUUGUUCUUUCCUUUCAAAUUAGGAAUUGGGGAGUCUAAGUGAGAUCUCCAAGAUAUUUUUCAUACAAGCAACUAGCAUUGGCUGUCUUACGGACAGCUGUUGUUUAUCUGGCAGCAGAUUAAACAUAAAUAUAUGGUAGAAUCUGCUGAAAACCUUGAAAACAAAUUUUCAUUAAAAUUUAAGUUAGAGUUCAUAGAUUCUUUCUCUCCAGAAAAAAAUGUUAUGUUUGUUUCUUUAAUUUAAUAGAGAAGUUCUUGUGACAGUUCUGAGAAUUUUCACUGCUCAUUUUGAAUUUAUGCAAACUUUAGAAAGCUGUUUGGUUAGCUACAGUACAGCGAUUAUAAUCUGUAACUUUAAUAUUGUUAGUUCAAAAGUUUCAUUUUUGUUAUACUUUACAAGAAUUUUCUGAAGAAACUUGAUCUGUCUCUUAAAUCAGUUAAUACCCCCAGACGCUGCUUUGAUACAGGAGAAGUAAAAUGUUAGGAUCAUGACAUUUGACCUUAAAGUGUGACCUUGAACCUAGUGACCAUGGUUGUGCAGUGUGCAUGUCCUGAUGAGCGUAACAAUUCGUUCUAGUUUCAUGAAAGCCUUUUUGGUGGAUAAAAAGAUAUGGGGAGUACACAAAAUUAAGCUAUUUUAUCUUGGACCUUUGACAUUGGAAUUGGUGUUCUGGAUAAGGUGCUAGUUAUAUGAAUUUCUUUAAGUUAGAAGAUCUGGAGCAGACAUAAAUUCAACUUAUUUGAUCUUUGACAUUUAAAUGUGACCUUGGACUUUUUAACUUGGGUCGUAUGCUCUGCAUGCCGAUAAACAGUUGGUUCUGGUUUUAUGAAAAUCUUAAAGCUUUUGAGACAAUAUGAAGCAGACAGAAAUUUAAGUGAUUUGAAAUUUUACCUCCAUGUGUGACAUUGACCUCGGACCAACUGACAUAGGUUGUUUGCUUGAUGAGAUUAAUGAUUGAAGCUUGUGUGAGGAAGUUUUUCAUGUGGUUUAAGAGAUAUGGAGCAGACGCAAAUUACAAAUUUGGACAUGUGUGACAAAUAUAGCCACCGUUUACCUUGUAUCUGGAGAUAAAAUAACUUUUUGUAGAUUGUUUAUUGUUAAAGCUCUAUUUAUGAAACUGUGUAUCAAUUAUAUUGUGUUGUUUUCAAUUCUUUUAGAUAACCUGAUGUAAGUUUUAUAAAGCUAACAAAAAAUAGAAUACUAAAUUGUAUAAGCGUU